CUCUGUGUCUGGUGGUCCGCUCAACUUCUUCUUUCUCCUUCGUCAUCUACCCUUCCUUCCUGCGCUCCUCGUCGUCGUCGUCCUGAGACUCUGAGUGAAUUUCCAAGCUUUCCACUACUUUGAGCUUUCUCCUGCCUCGCGUUAUUCGACCACGUCGAUUCCUCCAUCAAAGUCGCAAACAAACAUUCUCUCGGUGGCGGUGGUGUCGGUGUCAGCGUACUUGUGCUUUAUCAUUCAUUCAUUAAACAACCACCAUGACCGAACAACCAACCUCUCAACCACGGGACAAGAAAGUGCAAAUCUGUGUGAGAGAUUUUACUUUGUCAGUGAAAAAGUAGUAAACGAACUGUCGUCCAUUCCCAGAUAUUCUUGGGUACUGAGUGGAAAGGGCUAUUUUCUCCGAAUGAUGUUGAGGUGGUGUUAGCUGGUUUGGGGUGACAGACAGACACGUGUUUAUUACGUCGGGUUAGCCUCAUUACAACAGCAACAUGCCAAAUUCAAGUCGGGAUGCUUUUCCCAAAGCGCAUGGUGAACUAAUUGCCACGGAUUUCGGAUUUGCCCAUCAGGACGAUGAAACUUUUGCAAGUGUCAACCCCACUGCUCGUCUUUUUCUAUGAGAGCACUUUGAAAAGCUUUCUCCGUCUCACCGGUGACUCUCCCAUUUAUUUCGUCAUACAUACUUAAUACCUUUUUGGAUCGAAGGCCAGCAAACGGGGACAAACCGAGCUCAUCUCCAACCAGGUAACACAACCGCAGAAAUCUUCUUCAAACCGUGAGAAGAAGAAGCAGCAGUGAGCAAACACGCGUGAGCCCCACAUUCUCAGAGAUCCAAGCUCGAUGAUGGCGGAGCGAAUACGCGUCGUCAUCCUGGGAGGUCCCAAAGUUGGAAAAUCAGCUAUCGUCAAGAGAUUCUUGUUCAACACGUUUCAGGAGAAAUAUAAACCCACGGUGGAGGAUUUGUACAGCAAGGAGUAUGACAUGGGCCCCAUCACUCUCAAAGUCGAUAUUCUGGAUACGGCAGGAGAUCAGGAAUUCCCAGCGAUGAGAAGAUUGUCCAUCGCCACGGCUCAUGCUUUUCUCCUCGUGUAUUCCAUCGACGACUUGGCUUCAUUCGAAGUUGUCAAGACUUGUUUUCAGGAAAUCCAAGAACAACGCGCAGACUUUCAGGAAAUCCCCAUCGUCAUUGCAGGGAACAAGAUGGACGUUGAGUUAACACGUGUCGAAGUAGAGUUUGACGAUGUCUCAGACUGGAUUUCUUCUCAUAUGCCAAUACUCAAAGCGAAAAUAAUGGAAUGUUCUGCCAAGACUGGAGGAAACGUAAGGGAAGUUUUCCGAACGUUUCUCCACUUGGCAAAAAUCCCUCUGCGCCAAGAGUCGGAAGAGGGUGAUUGUGGGAGCGGAUUACGGCGAAGAUUAAGUGCGCACGUAACGAGUGGGUCCAAGUCUAAAAAUCGCUCACCCUCGAAUGCAACCACACCCACACAAACGCAACCUCCGUCUCCCAUUUAUGGACGCAGCAGCGGCGUCAACACCCCCACCAAAGGACCAGCCAGCCCUUCGAAUAUGCCCAAACAGUCGCCACAGUUCUUGGCGCCGGAUAACCCGUUUCCUUUCGAUCGGAACAAGCCACGAAGUCGGAGCUUGAUUCGAAGGUGCAGUAAGAAAGUCAAGAAACAGGUGCAGGACGCGUCGGAGGGUCCUGAAGGUUGUUUGCUCUGCUAGUUAGAAUCUCUCCCCAAUAAAUAGGUCGCUAUUUACAUAUGAGCAGCAUGAGGGUUGCAUGAGAUGCCACCAACCAACCAACUACCAAUAAUGAACAAUUUAAUCAAUACUUUUUAUAGAAAUUCAUAAAUAUACAAUCGUUGUAUUUUUAUUACAAUUUGUAAAUGAUUGAUUUAUGUGUGUGUCCAUAUCUACAUGUUUAUCUGUUGGUGGCGAAAGACCACUUUGUCAAAUUCACGUUCGUUCAACUUCAAGUGUACAUAAAUCAAUGGAAUACUUAAUCAGUUAGCAGAUAUUUUUAUGAAUCCGAAAAGUGUUAAAACCUUGUUUAGAUUAAUGAAAUGCUGGAUUCAGUUUAACGUACUUAUUUUGUUUACAGGGUUUUGUCAUGACUUUAUAUUUGCAUAAAAGUAUACAUGACUCGACUAGAAUAUUAACAGAUGAAAUUGUUUCAAUUAUUAUAUGUCUUUCGCAUACAUAAGUCUAAUAUACUGUUUCUUAUGAAAAUUGUAUACACAUAAUUUCAAUUUUUAUAAAGCAUGCAAAAAAAUGAAUAUUAAGCAUCAGAGGUCGGCGUUGACGAAGUAUGCGUCGGCGGCGCCAGUUUCGGCGUUCCAAUGUUGCAGAAACUUAUUAAAAAUCAAAUUUAUCGACGUUUGCGACACGAAUAUAAAAUGCUACAGGCGGCGUGGCGACGUAUGAUUCGGCGGUGUCGACCUCUGUGAAGCAUAUGUAUUAAAACCUGUAUUAAAAGUAGUUGCAGUCGAACAUCGAAUAAAGAAAGCGUUUUAAUCAA